AUGGCCCCUUCACUCGAGACCCCAGAAUCCACACCAGUGUCCAAAACCCAGCAGCAACGAACACCACUAAAACCAACCGGAAUCCUCGAUCAAUUCAAGCAAAGAGACCUCACAGCCGUAGUCGGCACCGAAUUCCACGACAUCAAUCUUGUAGACUGGCUACACGCACCAAACUCCGACGAGCUCCUUCGCGACCUCGCUAUCAAAAUCUCCCAACGCAACGUCGUCGUCUUCCGCAAGCAAGACGCCCUCAACAAUGACCUCCAAAAAGAACUAGUCCAACGUCUAGGCGAGCUAUCCGGAAAACCGAGCACAUCUAAACUUCACAUCCACCCAACCGUGAACAUCGGCGCCUCAGACGGCGCAACCAAAGACAAAGAAAUCAGCGUCAUCGACUCAACCCGUGGCCGCAUCAUUUUCAAAGGCGUCCAGGACCGCGAGACCAUCAAGGCGAGUAACACGGACCAAUGGCACUCUGAUAUCACGUUCGAGCCCGUGCCGAGCGAUUAUGCGGUGCUGAGGCUGACGAAGCUGCCGAGAACUGGGGGAGCAGACACCAUGUUCGCCUCCGGCUACGACGUCUUCGACCGCAUCUCACCUCCCUACCAAAAGUUCCUCGAGUCCCUCACUGCGACGUAUGGCCAGCCGAAAUUCGGCAAAGCAGCCGCGAUAAACGGCUACAAGCUCUUCACCGAAGAGCGCGGGGCUCCGGAAAACGUGGGCGAUGAUCUCAGCGCUAUCCAUCCCGUGAUCCGCACCAAUCCCGUGACCGGUUGGAAGUCGGUGUUUUCGGUUGGGCAUCACGUGCAGCAUAUUAACGGCGUUACGGAGCAGGAGUCGCAGGCCUUGCUGGAUUGGUUCUUGAGGUUGAUUGUAGAGAACCAUGAUUUGCAGGUCAGAGUACAUUGGGACAACGAGAAUGAUGUUGUUAUUUGGGAUAACCGUUCUACGUACCAUGCAGCCACUCCGGAUUAUCAGGGACUUGGGACAAGGACUGGACAGCGUGCAGUGAGCUUAGGGGAGAGGCCGUACUUAGAUCCGGAGAGCGUUUCGAGGAGACACGACCUUUUGAAUCAAGGGACUGAGGUUGCGCUUUUGAAGACAACGGUGGCUGGCGGAGAAGUGUAA